AUGACAAUCACAGGCAAUCUGCAAGCGAGGCAUCAUCCAAUCCGGACCAUCGUGGAAUCUGGAAAGGCCGCAGCAGCACAGGCGAAACUCGACACUUUGAUCUUGCGUAUCGGCGUUCCGGCUAACGCCCCGGGUGCUGAGAAGAUAGCUGCGCUGCGAGUCUUGCUGGCUGAGAAAAUAGUGGAUCCUCUGAAUGGGCAGAUCAUGGCAGCUCCCAACUGGGAUCCAAACUGA